AUGGCGACCACGACGGCAACGACCAUCCAGAGUAGCCAACCUCCAAUCAUCCCAAUGGAUUUCUCCGCACAGCAGCCGCGGACAAUUCGCCUUUACCCCCUAAGUAACUACACUUUCGGCACCAAGGAGACUCAGCCUGAGGAAGAUCCCUCAGUGCCGGCUCGUCUGAAGCGCCUGGAGGAGCACUAUGAGCUCCACGGCAUGCGCCGCACGUGCGAGGGCGUCCUCGUCUGCCACGAACACAACCACCCGCACGUCUUGAUGUUGCAGAUAGCAAAUGCAUUCUUCAAACUGCCCGGUGAUUAUCUCCCCCACGACGAAGAGGAGAUUGAGGGCUUCAAGAAGCGCCUGAAUGAGCGCCUGGCCCCCGUUGGAUCUCAGUUCUCUGGCGAGGGAGUCAACGAGGACUGGGAAAUUGGUGAUACCCUGGCGCAGUGGUGGCGCCCUAACUUUGAGACCUUCAUGUACCCGUACCUGCCACCACACAUCACCCGGCCAAAGGAAUGCAAGAAGCUGUACUUUAUCACCCUGCCGAAGAAGAAGGUCCUGUCCGUCCCCAAAAACAUGAAGCUGCUGGCAGUACCCCUCUUCGAGCUGUACGACAACUCGGUCCGCUACGGACCCCAGCUCUCCGCGAUCCCACACCUGCUAUCGCGGUACAACUUCGAGUUCGUGGACGAGAAUGACAACGUUGUCGCCGUCACCCCGGGGGCACCUCUGCCAGGGGACCAAAUCCCGCGCACCAAAGUGCUGGCAGGUGGAGAUGAUGGAGAGGAUACGGGGAUGGUGGAUAUCGGUGAAGGGGAGAAGGGGACUGAUGAGUUGUAG